GCGCGGCAUUGUGGGUCGCAAUGUGAGUGGCGCAGGGUCGGAGUUGCCGCCAUCUUGUCGUCAUUGGUUGGCUGCUGCACGGUGCAGGCCGCAGGUCGGAAUUUACCGGACGAACAGCCGCCGUGUGCAGGUUUACCCACUCCAGUGUCACCGCGGGGACAUGGGCCGCUCGCGCAGCCGCAGUUCGUCCAGGUCGAAGCACGUGAAGAGCAGCAAGCACAACAAGAAGCGGAGCCGGUCCCGGGAGAAAGAGCGGGUCAGGAAACGCUCCAAGUCCCGGGAGAGCAAGAGGAACCGGCGCCGGGAGUCUCGGUCACGGUCUCGGUCUAACACGGCUUCCCGCAGGGAACGGGAGAGGCCAUCUUCCCCGCCGGACAGGAUCGACAUAUUCGGGCGCAAUCUGAGCAAGAGGAGCUCCCUGGACGAGAAGCAGAAGCGGGAGGAUGAGGAGAAGAAGCUGGAGUACGAGAGGCAGCGGCGGAUCAGGCAACAAGAAAUCGAAGAAAAACUCAUCGAGGAAGAAACAGCACGACGUGUGGAAGAAUUGGUUGCCAAGCGUGUAGAGGAAGAAUUGGAGAAAAGGAAAGAUGAAAUAGAAAGAGAGGUUCUGCGCAGAGUCGAGGAAGCUAAACGCAUCAUGGAAAAACAGUUGCUCGAGGAACUCGAGCGACAGAGACAGGCUGAACUAGCUGCCCAGAAAGCCAGAGAGGAAGAAGAACGUUCUAAGCGUGAGGAGCUAGAGCGAAUACUUGAAGAAAAUAACCGUAAAAUUGCUGAUGCACAGGCUAAACUGGCUGAGGAGCAAUUGAAAAUUGUAGAAGAACAAAGAAAAAUCCAUGAGGAACGGAUGAAAUUAGAGCAAGAGAGACAACGUCAGCAGAAAGAAGAGCAAAAAAUUAUUUUGGGCAAGGGAAAGUCAAGACCAAAAUUGUCUUUUUCAUUGAAAAGCCCAGAUUAACAGGGGCCACUGAACAUUUUCUCAUCAAAUCAAGACUAUGUAUGAUAGCUUCAUGUUGAAGUGUAUUUGUUUUUUUUUUUUUAUGUUUGUUUUUUUUUUUUCUCCCCCCAAAGUCUGGACUGGAAUGUCAGUUUGUUAUAAAAGGGGCUGUGCUCUGAAUCCCUUAUUUUUUAUAUAUAAUUUGUUGAAUGAAAUAUGUCAAAUCCUUACCAGAUCACUACCAAGCAUUUCACAAAUUAUGUAUCAUUACCUCUAUAGAAAUCUUAAUACAUUGCUAUGUGGUCUGAUAAGGUUUUAACUGACACGUCUAGUAUAAUUCUCCUCCUUCCCCUCAGACAUGCGGUUUCCUCUAAUCUGAAAUUUUACAAAGCGUUAGGUUGGUGUUUGCAACCAUAAAGUGCCACAGUAUUUUGGAGCUUUGUAGUGUAUUAUAAAAUGUCUUUAUAAUGCUUUUCCACUUGCCCUUGAUGUUCCUGGUACAGGUAAGGAUAUCGGUGAUUAAAAAAAAAAAAAACUCUCCUGGAGUCUCUCUAGUACAGUAUUGUCCGUUAAAAAAAUGUUUUUAAAUACAUUAUUGCAACCCAGCCAGCGCUCAGCUAUGUAAAAAAACACCAAUUUGCUGAAUAAAGUCUUAAGUGCUUCACA